CCCCCCCCCCCACGCCUCUCCUUCUCUCUCUAAGCCGGCAUCGCUUCUCUGCCUCGUGGAAAAGAGACGACAGCUCACUCAUGGGUCACAGAAGAUGUCAAAGUCGCCAUCUGAGGCCACGAACACCGCGUCGCUGAAGCUCUGCUGUGUGGCAGUGCUGAUCGCCGCCUUGCAUUGAUCUAUACCCGUCACCCGCCCUGGUCAGCGUGCUUCUUCUCAUCCACUGCGACCGGAGACCACCUCUAUAUCUUGUCUCUGGCCUCUUCACUAAUGAGAGGGGGUUUUGAUGAGGGGGAAGAAGGGAAAGGACACCAGCCGCGGGGGCUGGACGGAGGCCAACUUACUGGACUGCUUGUCACAUUCCGACACCGAAAACUUUUGGGACCCAUUGUUGGCGGCAUUGGCGCACUUGUUCUUCUGGUUAUCGCACGCUCUGUUCGCCGCUGUCGCGAAGUCGGGCUGGCGGUCCGCGGCAUCAGUAUCCAAGUCCUCUCGCGUCCCGUGCAGUUGGAACCCGGCCAAGGUCAUCACACUUACAAAGGUGUCGCCAUCAACCUCGAACGGUCGUUCAGAGUUGCUCGACUUUGUGAUCUGUUCGCGUGCGCCGAAGAUAGGUCAGCCAAAACGUCGUCUCUUCAUCCUGAUGCCGCAUAUGGUCGUGCUUGUUCGGACUGAAACCGUGCACCCCCCUCCCCCGAGACUACCACACAUCGGAUCUCACACCCAGAAGUCCCAGCCCGACGAUAUCACCCGCCACCAGAGAAGGGAAAAAGAAAAAAGAAAAAGAGGGAAAAAAAGGCGGAACGAGGUCUUGGUUGGGAGACAACACGGGAUCACGUACCGCGGACGCCUUCACGCCUCCCAGGUUACCGUCAAACGGCUGCAGGUUCUGCGAGUCCUGCCGCGGCAGCAGGCCCAUCUUCCAGCCCAUGCGCAUCUCCUCGCCAAUGUCGAACGCCAUCACGCCCGCGGAGGCGACGGCGGCCGCCGAGAGGCCUCCGAUCAAUGUCAACGGCCGCAUCGCCGAUUAUGCUUCUUCUUUUCUUCAAUUACUGCCGAUGCGUGCUUCCUCCUCUGCUGCCGCCGCGUUGACGUCGUCGGAAAUCCUCGGUGGAUUUGUCGCUUCGGAUUGGAUUCGUCCCGUCCUCCUUUUGCUCAAGUUCGUAUUCGUGAUCGUGACAAUGGACCUCCUUAGUAAGACCUCCAGGGUUCGUUUUGUUGACUUUGCG